AUCAGCAUCAUUUGAAGUUACAAUUUCAAAAGAAACUUAAGAAUUGAUUCAAAAUGAAAUUUUCUGCAGUUUUUAUUUUAAUUGCAUUUGCAAUCUGCAUUGAAGGAGGAUCCAUUAAACCUUUGGAAAGACCUGAACGUCCAUUAGAAAAACCAGACAAACCAAUUGUUCCUCCAUUAAAACCUGCUGUUUCAAGACCAAGACCAGAAGUAAUACAGAAAAUUGAAGAUUUCCCACCUUAUCGUCCAAGACCAGAAGCUGAUGUUCCACCUUAUCGUCCAAGACCAGAAGCUGCUGUCCCACCUUAUCGUUCUAGACCAAUUGAAAACUCACCUGUUCCCAUUUAAUAGUCGUGUGAAUUAUUUGAAAAAAACUUUAUGAUGAUGAUAAUUGUAGAAUAAAAUUGACUAAGGCAAUCAAAACACUAGCAAGACUUUACUUUUGUCAUGUUUUAAAAUAUAGUUUAAACAACUGGAAUGCAAGGUUGACAGACGUAACAAAUAAUUAUACAAGUCGUGGUCGAAGGCAGAAAAUAACUUACUUACAUUUUGUUCUUUAAAGUUAUUGGCUUAUCUCUUGUUUGCGAUUGGAAUAUGUUCACAUUAGGUUUGUUCUUCAAACUAUUUGUAGCUUAACUUUAUUAUUUACUUUACUCUUUUGUUUGGGCGAACUUGGGCUGAUUGCCAUGCUUAUAGAUCGUCUAAAGACUGCUCAAUGCUUUGAAACCUUCUGCCAGUUUGGGAUAUUAAGGUUGCUAGUGAUUCUUUGCUAUCUUUUCUGAUCUUUUGCCAUCCACACAGUCAGCUACUGUAACAUUCUCAAUGAACAAAAUAACGACUGCAAUACUUUUAUUUUGGCCUAAUUAUUUGACAAUUAUGAAAGUGACUUCCGCCCUCCGUUACAUACGUUUCCAUUGCUAAUGAUUAAUCAACUAAGCUAAGCCUCGUCAUGAUUCUGUUGCUGCCUAAAAGCAGAAUCUACAGUUAGCUGUGCGAUCAAAACCAUGAUUUUGACGACACUUCAUCCCAAAUCUUCUAAUAAGUAGGAAUGUGUCCCUCGUCGACCGUUGAAUCCUUGAUACUGAUUAAUAUUGUUUAAACUUGAACU